CUAUUGAAAGCUUUUUUUUUUUCAAUAGAAACUGUAGAAGGUUUUGAGGCACCAAAGAGGGCACACACAACACAAGGCCAAAGAAGAGAAAGAAAAUACCAAAGAAGGGCAAGGGGGUGGUGAGUCUGAGCCUCAAGCCACCCAAAGGCGAGGGUCUGCAUCUGUUCGAAAAUUCGAAUUAUAGCCCCUUUACUCUUUUUUCUGUCUCUCGCACGUACCCCUCUUUAUAAUUCUGCAACUAAACACAGAGCUUGCGCGCGCUGCCACAAAUUUUAUUCGGCGUUCAAAACCCUAGAUCAGCUUUUUUUCCCGCCAAAAUCCCAUCUUCUACGCUUGACCUAGAUGCUUAAUCGAUUGUGAGGAGAAUGACUCGUUCUUAGUGCUUUGAACUGGGAAAUUAAUGGCAGGGUGGUCGAUGAUUGCUGAUGACAAGUGUGCCUUAGGUUGCUCCAAAAUCCCACUAAAGAAGCUCCGUCCAAAAGGGUUUCUGGUCACUCUUGACUCGUUUUCACAAGUGGCCGGAUUAAAAACCAAGCUUCGUUGCCAGUUUGAUAAUUUUCUAAGAUUUUUCCGGAAAGAAAUAUGUGUCCUGGAUGGUGCAUUCCCUCCUAUGCUUGGAGAUGGACAAUUUGUGGAUUUGUUUAAACUGUUUUUGGUUGAGAAGCUGAAAGUUAGAUAUGAUGGUAUUUCUAAGAAUUGCUUGUGGGAUGUAGUGGCUGAAGAGUCUGGGUCGGGACUGAACCUUGCAUCAUCUAUGAAAUUGAUUUAUUCCAAGCAUUUGAAUGCAUUAGAGAAAUGGUUAGAGAGACUUGUUGAUGAAAAUAAUUCAAAAUCCAAACCUAGUGAUAUCAUCAACUCAAAAACCAAGAGUGAUAGUGACCCAAAUGUGGGUGGGGUUUCGAUGGAAUUAGAGUCUGAGUUUAAGGGGUUAUUGUCAAAUAUAAGCGAUUGGAAAUCUGUACUGAAUGUGAGUGCUGAGGUGGAUUCAAAUGAGGAUGAGAAGUGUAUUGUUGAUGAUGAAGAAUCUGAGCACAUAGAAACUGGAAAGAGUGUUGUUGAUUUUGUGGAAGUUGGGAAAUUAGGCUAUAAUUUGGCAAAGAACAUGGCCAUUGAUUCUUUUUCUGUUGGGAACUAUAAAUGUAAAGAUGUUCAGGAAAACCUGCAAUCCAAUUCAACAAGUGCGCAAGUGUGUAAUGAGGAAGAGGAUGAGGUCAAGAGUGUGGUGGUGGGAAUGGAUGGGAGCAAGAAAGAUGACAAUGGUGAUGAAAAUGAUGUUAUCGUAUUAGAUUCAGAUGCUGUUGAGGGAUUUAUUUCGGGUCGUAAAAGGAAAAGGGAAUCCAUGUGUAGAGUGGUGAACUGGAUUACUGGGAUUGCAAAGAAUCCAUGUGAACCUGUUGUGGGUUCAUUACCAGAGAGGUCGAAGUGGGAGUCUUAUGGGAAUGAGGUAAUGUGGAAGCAGGUUUUGUUGGUUCGUGAAGCAUUGUUUCUAAAAAGACAUGUUGAUUCAAGUGCUGAAAAAUCUACUUGCCAGAAAAAUCGGAAGAUGCACCCAUGCAUGUAUGAUGAUCAAGUUGGAUCCGCUUACAAUUUCAGACAGAGGUUAAAAUGUAGCGAGAAGCUGCUACACGGAAAAGCUGUGUUUCAGGCACAGGUUUGUUCAGAAUUAUCUUCCUCAACCACUGAAACUGACCUGGAGUCUUGCACAAAAGGGAUUUGCGAUGGUGCUUCUUCAACUAAAUAUUCAGUGGUUUACCUUCCUGUUGAAAAGGCAAUUCCCUUAGGCCCUGAUUUUCAGGCUGAAAUACCUGAAUGGACUGGUGUUGUUUCUGGAAGCGACUCAAAGUGGGCUGGGACACGAGUUUGGCCACCAGAAAAAGUAGACAACCGAUUUGUUAUUGAGCGAGAACCUAUUGGUAAGGGAAGGCAAGAUUCGUGUGGGUGUGAAGUGCCAAAAUCUGUAGAAUGUGUCAGAUUUCAUAAUGCUGAGAGAAGGUUGAGGGUGAAGCGUGAAUUGGGGGCAGGUUUCCAUCAUUGGAGGUUUGACAAGAUGGGUGAAGAUGUUAAACUUUCCUGGACAGAAGAAGAAGAGAGAAAGUUUAAGGCUAUAGUGCGGUUAAAUCCCCCAUCUCUUGAUAAGUGUUUCUGGGAUGAGAUAUUCAAAUGCUUUCCUACCAAGGGAAGGGAAGAUCUGGUGGGCUACUACUUCAAUGUAUUUCUUUUGCAGCGCAGAGCACAACAGAAUAGGUUUACUCCAAAUAACAUUGAUAGUGAUGAUGAUGAAUCCGAAUGUGGAUUGGCAACAAAUGGUUCUAGGCGUGAAGCACCCAAGUCACCAGGCUCCCUCUUAUAUUCUGCAAAGAAGCCUCGUAAAAAUGUUAGAUAAUGUCUGAUUUUUGGUGGAGGUAAACUGCAAUGCUGAGAUAUUUAAAGUCUGGCCUUUUUAUUGUCCUUUUACCUUUUUGAUAUUUGGCAAUCUUCUAUCUUCCAUGGCUGUCUUGGCAUAAAGCUCCGAAAAUAUUUUGCACUCUCUUAUUAGCAGAAGUCUUGUGAUUAAAAUUUUGCACCUAAUGAUAAUCCAGUGGAGAGCAUCACUUACAUCCAUUUUGGUGGGAGCAGUAAGCUGGAGGGCUCAAGCAGUUUUAUGUCUCUGAACAUGCUUUUGGUUUAUUUGCUUUCAGUUUCUGAGACAGUUCCUGUUCAUUCAUAUAUGCUUGCGUCACAUGCCUGUAUCUUACUCAUAAAUUCUUUAUUAGAUUUUCUGUGACAUGACUGACUUGAACUGAAGGCCUUGGGAAUAUAAUGAAGAAUCAAUGGGCUAGAGGGAUAUGGAUACAAGAAAACUGGUAUUCUAUGAUUCUA